AUGAAGGCCUGCUCUACUAAGCAUAGAAGUUUGGAUGCUCUACGUGCAACCCUCGUUGAAGCAUGGGAGGAUUUGAACGGAGACUACCUCAGUGUCGACGCAUUUCCUAGGAGAAUUUUAGCCUGUAUUCGCGCAAAAGGAGGCUAUUUCGAGAUCUAG